AUGAGUAUAGAGUUAUUUACCAUUCCGGAACUAUUAGGAACUGGAAAAAUUACCACCAUUAAAUCUGUUGAUGGGACAAUCUAUUUUAUCGCCAGGGAGAUAGCAUCAACGCUUGGUUACAUCAACCUAAGUGAUGCGAUCAUCAAACACACAGAUACAAGAUCGAGGGUCACGCUUGGUGAGAUCCAGACUAUCGCGUUUCGCGAUAGUCUAGACCCUUUGGUUUGUAUGCGUACGGAUACAGUAUUUAUAACCGAAUCCGGUGUUUACGAUCUUGUAUUUGGUUCCAGAUUACCCGCUGCAAGGGAGUUCAGAUGGUGGGUUGUAAAUGACGUUCUUCCAUCCAUUCGAAAGACUGGGAAAUAUGUGAUACCCGGUGCCAUGAAAGCUAUUGAUAACAUAAGGGUUGAAGAACUAUGUGAACUUACAGAGGAUGAUAAAAAGGAAGCACGAAAAAAACUUGUAAACAUAAGCGAUAAACUUAAAGAUCCAGAAAAAGUCAGACUUGGAAGGAAGGGAGGACUAGUCACACAGGAAAAAAUUAGGGAGACCAGAGAGGAAUUGGAGAAAAAAGAAGACGAAAUCAUAAAACUUAAGAUUGAAGUGUCAUAUUUGAAAGGUAAAUUAGAUGGACUCGAAGUAGAAUAAAAAAAAAAUUUUAUUUCUUUUUCCCAAGAAAUAAAAGAGAGAAUGUCCGAUACUAAAAAAGAACUCGUUCAGGAUUUAUACGAUGCUGCGCUUUUAACAUCCGAAGUCGUCGGGAUUUCGUACGCGGCGAAAAUGAUCGUGGGAAAAAGUUUGGGUGCAACGAUGACGUUAGAAGGAGCGAUGAAACUCGGUGUUGCCGUGGCAGGAAGUUCCGUAGCCGUGGCCUAUCUCAAAGACAAGGGUUACGUUCCAAAAACAAUCGGUAAAUAAAUGACAACCAAUUUAGUAGUCGGUGGAUUAUUCAAUGCGGUCGCAUUUGCAGGCGCGGGAUUUUUGUUUUCUCACUUGAAUCAAAAUGGGUACAAGGAAGAAGUGAAAAGACAUAAUCAUGCAUUGGAAGAAUUAGCCGCGGCAAAAGAAAAAUUUUACGAAUCCGAAGUCAAAAGACGGAACGACGAAUUACGACGACGUCAAGAAAUCUUGGACGCGAAUCACGAUAUCGAAGAGACGAAUAAAGCGUUGGAUGCAUUGAGAAAUUAUAAUCGUCGGCAGGAUUUAUCAGCAUUAGAACGUAAACCAAAAUUCGAGGAUUAUUAUCAACCGUCGGAUGAAAUGCAAAAAUAUAUGUACGUGACGAUGGGAGUCGUCGGACUCGGUAGCGGAUACGUACUGACGCGAAUUUUUUAA